CUGUUGCACAACUUCUUGUGUCGCUUAACGCUCUUAUUUCAGCAGCAGUCCAACCGUGGGAACCGAUUGCAGUCACUACCAGUUGUAUUAAACUAAUUUGGAUGAAAUUAUAAUGAUGUUAGACCUAAGCCCUACGAUCAACAAUGUCUCGCUGGCUCUCUAUGGAGGCGCGACGUCGAUGGUGGAAUCGGGAAAUUUCUUGGUGUCACCCAUCAGUAUUCUGUACGCCAUGGUGUUGGUCUACCUAGGAGCACGCGGCCCCACCCGGGAUAAUUUAUAUGAAGCGCUGGAUUUCAAGGAAUUCUCCAAAUCAGGAGCGGAUGCAGACGUUGCCGGAGCGUUUGGGCAGCUGAUGAACGACUUAAAAGUGAAAACGAUGCCGAAUACGCCGGCAAAAAACACCGGAAAAAACAGCAAGCUUCCUGGUUUCAGUGCUCCUCAACCGAAGGAUGAUGCAUUCCAGUUAGCGCUUGCCAACGGGGUGUUUCUGCGCAAGGGUAUGGAGUUUGAUCAGAAUUACCUGUCCAUGGCCAGUCAGCAACUCAAAUCUACCAUUCAGACCGAGGACUACGCGAGCAACCCGGCAGCAGCGGCCGACGACAUCAACAAGUGGGUCGCCGAGCGGACCGGAGGGGAAAUCUCAGAUUUAAUUCCACGAGGAGGCUUAGACGUUGACACCGUGGCCAUCUUAGCCAACGCGGUGUACUUCAACGCCCAGUGGUAUACCGUGUUUCCUCCCCAGUCCGUCGACCCGCAAGCCGACUUUCAAUUGCUGGAUGGAACAUCAACAACCGUGUCCAUGAUGGAAGUUAUUGAUAAAUUUCGAUACGUAGAAGAUAACCAGCUGGAUUUGAAGUACCUGGAAAUUCCCUAUGCCAACAACGAAGCCUCUCUGCUGGUGUUCUUGCCCAAUGAGAACACCGGGUUGCGCCGUCUGGAAAAAUCCAUGACCAUGGAGGUUUUACGCCGCCUGCAGAGCAAAGCCGACCAAGGAUCCCCGAUGUUCGUUCAGCUAAAGCUGCCGAAAUUUAAAGUGGAGAGUGCGUUUGACUUGCGUGAACUGCUACGAAGAAUUGGUGUGACGAAAGUAUUCGCAGCAGACGCCGACCUGACGGGAAUGGUGCUGGAUGGCGACGCGCAUGUGGAUCAGGCCUUCCAUCAAACUUUUAUUGAUGUUAGCGAGAAAGGGACUAAGGCCGUAGCCAGUGCAGUAAUAACUACCAAUCGGGACGCCUUCUCAAUAACUCCAGAUUAUCCAGAAUUUUUUGCCGAUCAUCCAUUUUUGUAUGCCAUUCGUCACAAUCGUGCCAAGGCUAUCUUGUUUAUUGGACGGUUUGAGGCUCCUGUCAUCUCGCCGCAUGAAUAAGCGCUUUUGCGGCCACAAAGUCAAAUUUACUUGUGCGAGGACAUUUGGUUGCUGUGAAGUGUGAACAUACCCUGCACGAUUAGGCUGCGAUGAACAGCUGGUUAGCCGUAGCUCGCAACGCUACUGAUAUCACAGUCUGAAUGCAAACGGCUAUAAAUUUAGCCGGCUGUUCAUCGCAGCCUAAUCGUGCAGGGUAUGUUCACAGCACCCAAAUGUCCUCGUAUAAAAGGAAAAGCAGUAGCGGGCUACUACUGAAAUAUUCAAUAAUAAUCAAUUGCUUUUGCACGGUGUUUUUAAUGCCUGCAGGUCAGCGUACUUGAAGGAACAUUUUAUUUUGUGUGGGUUUUUUUUGCAACAGAAUAUAAAUGAUGCGUCUUUACAAAGCCGUGAGGCAUCCCUUGGCUGAUUGCACUACGGUUUUAUUGUCGCCAUAUCCCUCGUUAGUUGCCCGCGAGUAAAAAUUG